AUGGAGAACCAAGAACUGGGGGAUGCUUACUCUGAUGUAUUAGCUGAUCAGGAGAAAAACUAUCUGAUUCAACUAGAGAAGUGGUCUUUGAUAGAGGAAAGUGCACUACAGCAGAAGUCAAAAGUCACUUGGAUCAAACAAGGGGAUUCAAAUACUAAGUACUUUUCAGCUGUAAUGAAAGAGAAGCAACAGAAGAAGCAAAUAACUGAGAUCAAAUCAUUGUUGGGGCUAGAGCUUUGUGCACCAAUUACAGAAGAGGAAAUCAAUGAAGGACUGAGCUCAAUUGGAGAUGAUAAGGCUCCAGGAAUUGAUGGAUUUAAUGUUGUCUUUUUCAAGCAAACACUGUCCAUUAUUAAGAAUGAAGUUUGUGAAACUGUGCAAGAUUUUUUCAUCACAGGAACCUUGUAUAAAGCUAUAAACUGCACUGCACUUACUCUGGUGCCUAAGGUUCCAAAUCCAGAUACAGUUAAAGACUAUAGUUCUAUUCUUGCUGUACAGUGCUAUACAAGAUUAUUGCUAAGGUCAUCACCAGCAGAUUACAGAAAGUAA